UCCUGACCUGUGAAGUGGUCAAGGCCUUUCCGGAGAGAUGGCCCGUACCAAGCAAACAGCUCGCAAGUCCACCGGCGGGAAGGCGCCGCGCAAGCAGCUGGCCACCAAGGCCGCCCGGAAGAGCGCCCCGGCCACGGGAGGCGUCAAGAAGCCGCACCGCUACCGGCCGGGCACCGUGGCCCUGCGCGAGAUCCGGCGCUACCAGAAGUCGACGGAGCUGCUGAUCCGCAAGCUGCCCUUCCAGCGGCUGGUGCGCGAGAUCGCGCAGGACUUCAAGACCGACCUGCGCUUCCAGAGCUCGGCGGUGAUGGCCCUGCAGGAGGCCAGCGAGGCGUACUUGGUUGGCCUCUUUGAGGAUACCAACCUCUGCGCCAUCCACGCCAAGCGCGUCACCAUCAUGCCCAAGGACAUCCAGCUGGCCCGCCGCAUCCGGGGCGAGAGGCAAGAGGCGCACGGCCGUCUGGAUCUCCCGGGAAGUGAUGGUGGAGCGCUUGUUGUAGUGGGCCAGGCGGGAGGCCUCGGCGGCGAUGCGCUCGAAGAUGUCGUUGACGAAGGAGUUCAUGAUGCUCAUGGCCUUGGAGGAGAUGCCGGUGUCGGGGUGGACCUGCUUCAGCACCUUGUAGACGUAGAUGGAUUCCCGGUGGGUCGUGUGCACCGUCUGCUGAGAAAAGGCAACUAUGCUGAGCGUGUCGGAGCUGGCGCGCCCGUCUAUCUGGCUGCAGUGCUCGAAUACUUGACCGCUGAGAUCCUGGAGCUGGCUGGCAACGCUGCCCGGGACAACAAGAAGACCAGGAUCAUCCCUCGCCACUUGCAGCUGGCCAUCCGCAACGACGAGGAGUUGAACAAGCUGCUGGGCAAAGUCACCAUCGCCCAAGGAGGAGUCCUGCCCAACAUCCAGGCAGUGCUGUUGCCCAAGAAGACCGAGAGCCACAAAGCCAAAGGAAAGCCGGGAAAUUCAAACGCUGCAAAGGUUCCAUUCAUCCCCUUCAGCCAAUCAGCGGAGAGCGAGUUGGCUAUAAAAACCCAUCCUCAGCGCUGCCUUUUUCUAAUUUGCUUGCUUUGGCUUAAGAAGGGUUCCUUUAGAGAAAGGGGAGAAAUGGCCCGUACCAAGCAAACAGCUCGCAAGUCCACCGGCGGGAAGGCGCCGCGCAAGCAGCUGGCCACCAAGGCCGCCCGGAAGAGCGCCCCGGCCACGGGAGGCGUCAAGAAGCCCCACCGCUACCGGCCAGGCACCGUGGCCCUGCGCGAGAUCCGGCGCUACCAGAAGUCGACGGAGCUGCUGAUCCGCAAGCUGCCCUUCCAGCGGCUGGUGCGCGAGAUCGCGCAGGACUUCAAGACCGACCUGCGCUUCCAGAGCUCGGCGGUGAUGGCCCUGCAGGAGGCCAGCGAGGCGUACUUGGUUGGCCUCUUUGAGGAUACCAACCUCUGCGCCAUCCACGCCAAGCGCGUCACCAUCAUGCCCAAGGACAUCCAGCUGGCCCGCCGCAUCCGGGGCGAGAGGGCUUAAGGCGCCGCCGCAGCAGCAGCAGGGAAAGAGAAUUGCAGCCAACAUCAACAAAGGCUCUUUUAAGAGCC